UAACGUGUAGUUCAUAUUUCGGACUGUGGGGGGCAGCAGAGUGACGUAGAACAGCGUUCAGUCUCCCGGAAGUGACAGACGAAUAAGUACACUCCAAAACAAACUUACUACAUGUGGACAUGUGGACGGACUAUAGUUUAAAUAUAUAAAAACUACAAACUAAAGACGAAAAUGGACGAAGAGCAAACGGCCGGGUACAGGGAGCCCUGUGGUGUGUGUUCAGCGGUGGAUUGGGGUGUAUCAGACGAGGGGCGUUUCUACUGCAGAUCCUGCCACAACGUCAUCGAGAGAACCAGAGAGGUGGUGGACCCCACCUUCACGCCCGGCUCCUCCCGGAUCUCCACCAUCGGCCGAGGAACCAGAACCAAGAGGCCCGAGCGCGGGCGCCAGUGGGUGAUCUGCGAGGGUUUCCAGUUCAUCCUGAGAAACCAGGCCAACGCUCUGCUCAAACUGGGAGUCAGUCCACGAUUCAAGGAUGAAGUGCUGUGUCAGCUUUGGAGAAUCUACCUGCAGAAGAGUCGGCAGGCGUACACCAACAACCCAGUGAGGACCGCCACGUUUAAAGUGCGAGGUCAGGACUCUGACUCUGACAGUGCAGCUGAGAUGUCUGUCUUGUCGGCCAGUGAGACGGACGGAGACACCAACGCGUCCAGCACUGCCGGCUCCAUCGCAGGGAGCUCCAGUGAUUGGUCGCAGUGUUCGGGGUCUCUGGACGCCGCCAGCUACCUGUCGGCCCGGCUCAGACGCAGUCGCCACGGUCUGAUGAGCAUGAAGAAGACUCUGGCUCUGCUCCACCUCGCUCUGGUCUGGAUCCAGGAGCCACUGACGCUCAGCGACCUGCUCAGGUUGGUGAACGAGGGUCACGUCCCGUACGUUAACGCCUACGAGGAACUUCCUGAGGAGAUGAAACUCAAAGGGAAAGACGCUCUCAUCUUCAGAGUCGAGAGUGUCCCGUCCCACCGGGCGGUGCAUAAGGAGGCUCAGACUCUGAUUCUGUUCCUGCAGCUUCCUGCUUUUCCUCCAAUCAGCCAGCAGAGUCUGCUACACCCGGCCCUGCUCAGCCUGCGCUACCUGAUGGACGCUAAUCUGCCCGACGAUCUCCACCCGUGGGUGUGCCGGGUGAUGGAGUGCGCCGGGAUGGCAGAUCAAGCGCUCCACACGUUCAACCGCCUGUUGCGGCCCGUCCUGCCGCGUUACGACCUCCAGACCGCCGCGCUCAUCAUCGUCACCAUGAAGCUCGUCUUCGGCCUCGACGACCACACAGAAUGGGAUUUAUCGAAUGAAGCAGCCGACCAGGACGCCACAGGAAAUGCGUUCAGCGUGCGGCGGUGGUUCAGACUCGUGCAGACCGCCCUGACCUCAGCGCAGCGGAGGAGAGAGCAACACGUCGCCAGGAAACAGUGGACCGCCAGGAAACCUCUCCACCCGAACAGCAAGAAGAAAUGUGUGGUGAUGAAAAGGAAAAGAAUAGCAGAGCAGUUGCAGAUCUGUUUUGAGAAGCUGUCCUCCCGCCCUGCGGGCGCCGAGCAGGACGCCCCGUCCAGUUUCCGGUUCUGUUGGGGCGACGGGGACGGAGCGGACGGUCCCAGCAUGCACCAGCAGCAGCUGGACGCGGCGGUGACUCUGCAGCGGGACGUCCUGACUCCAUCUAACUCUACGUACUGGCACCCCUCGCUCCGAGCCUGCAAGCCCCGGAAGUGUAGGAGUCACUACUCUGCGGUGGAGGACACGUUGCCGCGGUCCUUCGUCUGGCUGCUGCGUCUCUUCUGCUUCCUGCUGGACGUCCCGCCAGAGAGUCUCUACGAGGAGACGCUGAGGACAGAGAGACGCCUCACAGGACACAGGAGGAGGAGGAACAGGGAGGAAGAGGAGGGGGAAGAGAGAGGAACAGGGAGGAAGAGGAGGAAGAGGAGGGGGAAGAGAGAAGAACAGGGAGGAAGAGGAGGAAGAGGAGGGGGAAGAGAGAAGAACAGGGAGGAUGUUAGUAUGGUUACAGGUGUGGUUACCUGGAACGACCACGAAAGCGAGGAUGAGGACGCCGAGAGGACAAAGACCGUCUGGAGUGAUUUAGGGGCUGCUAACGGACGCUAA